AUGAAGAGGGUUAGAGAAGAGGUUUACGUUGAAGCUCAGAUACGAGCACCUACCGUUUCUUCUCGAGGCGAAACAAAUGGUAAGCCUUUAACGAUUGGUGGAGGAGGAGGAGGAACCAUGGGAGGGCUAACAACAGUUGAUGCCUUGAGCUAUCUUAAAGCUGUGAAGGAUAAUUUUCAAGACAAGAAAGAGAAGUAUGACACUUUCCUUGAAGUCAUGAAGGACUUUAAAGCUCAGAGAGUUGACACUAAUGGCGUUAUAGCAAGAGUAAAAGAGUUGUUCAAGGGCUAUGACGACUUGCUUUUGGGGUUUAAUACCUUCUUACCUAAAGGGUAUAAAAUAACUCUUCCGGAGAAGAAGCCAGUGGAUUUUGGAGAAGCUAUUGAAUUUGUCAACAAGAUCAAGGCGAGAUUUGGAGAUGAUGAGCGUGCGUAUAAGAAAUUUCUAGACAUCUUGAACAUGUAUAGAAAGGAAACCAAGUCCAUCUCUGAUGUCUAUCAAGAGGUUACUUUGCUGUUCCAGAACCAUGACGAUCUGCUUGCGGAGUUUGUUCAUUUCUUGCCUGAUUAUUCAGGAGCAGGUUCUGCUUUUUACCCUCAUUCUGGAAGGAACGCAGUGCCGCGUGAUAGAAACCUUCCUGGCAUGCAUCCAAGGCAUUUUGAGAAGAGAAUAAAACUAAGGAGUAGGGGUGAUGAGUAUGCUGAACACUCUGAUCAAAGAGAAGAUGGUGACGAGAACCUUGUGGCUUGCUCUGCUGGUAAUUCUCUGGGAAGUCAAUGGCCGGGAUAUCUGAAGGCAGAGGACAACGGAGGAAUUCAAGACUAUGAGAAUAAUGGAGGUCAUGAAAGAUAUCCAGAAAAUGGUUUUGGAAGUCAGAAAAAUCUACUCUCUGCCUCCAACCAUAUGAUCCCCAAGGCUAUAAAUGAACUUGAUCUUGCUGAUUGUGCACAAUGUACUCCAAGUUAUCGUCGUUUGCCAGAUGACUAUCCCAUUCAGAUGCCAAGCUACAGAAACUCACUUGGUGAAAAAGUUCUUAAUGAUCAUUGGGUAUCUGUCACAUCCGGGAGUGAGGACUACUCAUUCAAACACAUGCGUAAAAACCAGUAUGAAGAAAGCUUGUUUCGAUGCGAGGAUGACAGGUUUGAGUUGGACAUGUUAUUAGAGUCUGUGAAUGCAGCCAUUAAGCGUGUGGAAAUUCUUCUGGAAAAGAUCAACGACAACACAAUCUCUUUAGAGACACCAAUUUGUAUUAAAGAACACCUAUCAGAGCUGAACCUAAGAUGCAUUGAGCGGUUGUACGGAGAUUAUGGGCUUGAUGUCAUGGAUUUUCUGAAGAAGAACUCUCAUAUCGCCUUACCGGUGAUACUAACUCGCCUGAAGCAGAAACAAGAAGAAUGGGCUAGGUGUCGUGCUGAUUUCAGGAAAGUUUGGGCUGAAGUAUAUGCUAAGAAUCAUCACAAAUCUCUAGACCAUCGUAGCUUUUAUUUCAAGCAGCAGGACUCCAAGAAUCUGAGCACAAAAGGUUUAGUGGCGGAAAUAAAAGAUAUCAGUGAGAGGAAGCAUAAAGAAGACCCGCUUCACGCCAUUGCUGUUGGGUCUAAGCCCUCUUUCACGCCAGAUGUGGAGUACUGUUACUCUGACACACAAGUUCAUGCUGACUUAUACCAACUGAUCAAGUAUUACUGUGAGGAGAUAUGUGCUACUGAACAGUCUGAUAAAGUCCUGAAGCUGUGGGUGACGUUUUUGGAGCCCAUGUUUGGCGUUCCUUCUCGGUCUCAGACUGAUGAGACGAUGGAAGAUGCUGCAAACACCAAAGACGACCAAGAGAAGCUUGAGAUAUCUGAGGCAGUGAAAGACAAUACUUGUGAUGCUUCUCCAAAGACGCCAAACAAAGAAAACCCAACGGUACAAGGAAGCUCUUCUGCGAAUGAUCUCGCUGUCAACGCACGAGAAACCAUUCAGCAAGAUAAACUGCAUGAUGGUGCAGUUACUACUAAUGAGGUUGGUGAGCCUUCCAAACUGGUGUCACCGAGAAACGAUGUGGUAAUGGAAAGUGUAGAGAAUCGUAGCAAAGUUAGUGAUGCUGCAAUGGUAGAGCAGAAGGUUGAGCGAGAGGAGGGUGAAUUAUCUCCCACAGAGAGUUUUGAGCAUGACAAUUUUGAGGUUUACACAGAGAAUGUCAUUGAGCCUGUGCAGAAACUGCCUGACAAUGUUAGAAGUGACAAAGACGGAGAACAAAAAGAGGGAAGUACUGAAGUUGGAGAAAGAAACAAUGCUUCCCCUGAAGAUGAUGGAAGUAAAAUUACUCAAAAGUUACCGGAAGUGAAUGAAAACGCCUCUAAGAUUGUUAUUGCCUCAGGAAGCAGCAAAUUUGGUGGCCAGCUUUCUUCCGAUGAAGAGCAUAAAGGAGCUAUGGUUGAGAGUGAAAACGAGGCUGUAGGGAUGGGUAAUUCCAACGAAGGUGAAGAUGGAACCUUUUCCACAUUCUCAGAGCGGUAUCUGCAGCCUGUGAAGCCCCUUGCAAAGCAUGUGCCUGGAACAUUAGAAGCCAGUGAAAGUGACUCCAGGAAUGAUUCUCGAGUUUUCUAUGGGAAUGAUUCGUUUUACGUGCUUUUCAGGCUUCAUCAAAUGUUGUAUGAGAGAAUACAAUCAGCAAAGAUACAUUCAGAGAGGAAAUGGAAAGCUCCUGAUCCAGAUAACACAUCUCCUGAUUCUUACACAAGGUUCAUGGAUGCUCUCUACAAUUUACUUGACGGCUCAAGUGACAACACAAAGUUUGAAGAUGAAUGCCGAGCUAUUAUUGGAGCACAAUCAUACGUUCUCUUCACAUUGGACAAGCUUGUUCAGAAGUUUGUUAAGCAUCUUCAUUCGGUUGCAGCUGAUGAGACAGACACCAAGCUUCGGCAACUAUAUGCGUACGAGAACUACAGAAAACCGGGGAGAUUCUUUGAUAUAGUGUACCAUGAGAAUGCUCGUGCUCUUCUCCAUGAUCAGAACAUCUACCGGAUUGAAUAUGCAUCUGCACAAACCCGUCUCUCGAUUCAACUUAUGAACAACGGAAACGAUCAGCCUGAAGUGACAGCUGUAACGGUGGAGCCAGGCUUUGCAAAUUAUCUGCAGACCGACUUUCUUUCGAUUUUGCCUGAUGAAGAAAAGCAAGGACUGUUUCUGAAGAGGAACAAGGCGAAGUUAAGCAGUCCAGAUGAAUCUUCUGCAAUGAAAGGAUUGAAGAUUAUAAACGAGGUCGAAUGCAAGAUUGCUUGCAGUUCUUUCAAGGUCAAGUAUGAGCCAAACACAUCAGAUCUUCUGUAUCGAAGCAAGCAGAAAAAACCAAAACCUGAGAAUGCCAAUGGCUUCUGGCCUUGCCUAUAUGAGACAAAGCUUCCAAGCACCGUGUGA